GGGAGGCGACGAGCGGGAAGAGGAAGAAGACUCAGGCGGCGCGAGGAGAGCGCGGGGGAGCGAGGAGAGAAGAGCCAAGACGGCCAGGCUGCGGGAGCGCACCAUGUCCGCACGACCUCGAGGGGCUGCCCCUGCUUGCAGGCACGGGCACUUACGCUAGGGGGCGACAGUGCUCUGCUCCUGUAUCUCCCCCCCCCCCCCGCUACCCUUGUGACCCCCGGGACUGAUGAAGACACAUCUUUUAGGAAUUAAGCCUGACCGCCUUGGGGCGAGGGGACGUGCGCAGGCAAAGGUUGCCCAAUUUGGCAGAGUCUUUUCAUUCCUUCUCUGCACCGGGAUGUGUGAGAACCUUGUCCGUAGCCGGGCUGGAAGACCUCGCUUCCUAAGGCGCUGAAGGCACGGGCCUGGCUAGCAAGGAUCACAGCUCCGGUCCCGCGUGUAGGCGCUCGAGUCCCUGCGGCCGAACUACCUGGCCUUACCUGGGAACGACACUCCUGCGGCGACCUCGCCUUGAAGGGAGUGAGAGGGCGGGGUGGUCCGUAGGGCGGGGGAAAUGAGCUCUUCGGCUUCGCGCAUUAUCCGCGCAGGCUCCUUUUGGCGCGCUGCAGCAACAUGGGCGGGAUGGUGAAAGAGGGGUCUUUGCGCCGAGUUCGCCGCACGCCGACCUCCUGGGGUGGGGAUUACCGCCACAGCCGCGGCCUCACCCCGACGGUGGCCUGGCGCUCGCCCUUGGCACCUCCGAGCGCCGCCCGCAGCGUAGCUCCCGUGCGUUCUCCAGUGUGCCCGGAGGACUCGCUCCCACAGGAUCGUCACGACGCGAGCAGCAAUGGGAACCCGCGCAUCCCCCACCUCUCUUCUGCCGGACAACACCUCUACAGCCCCGCGCCACCUCUCUCGCACACCGGGGUUGCAGAGUAUCAGCCGCCCCCGUACUUCCCGCCGCCCUACCAGCAGCUGGCGUACUCUCAAUCCGCUGACCCCUACUCGCACCUGGGGGAGGCUUAUGCUGCUGCCAUCAACCCCCUGCACCAGCCUGCGCCCACCGGCAGCCAGCAGCAGGCCUGGCCGGGUAGACAGAGCCAGGAGGGCGCUAGCCUGGCCCCGCACCAUGGCCGCCCUGCCGGCCUGCUACCCCACAUUUCAGGGCUAGAAGGGGGUGCGGUGAGUGCCCGGAGGGAAGCCUACCGCCGAUCCGACCUGCUGCUGCCACACGCACACGCUCUGGAAGCCGCUGGCCUGGCAGAAAACCUCGGACUGCAUGACAUGGCUCACCCCAUUGAGGAGGUGCAGAAUGUGGACGACCCGCACCUGCUUCUGCACGAUCAGACCGUCAUUCGCAAAGGCCCCAUCUCAAUGACCAAGAACCCUUUGGGCCUCCCCUGCCAGAAGGACCUGGUAGGAGCCGUUAUGAACCCCAGUGAGGUCUUCUGCUCCGUUCCUGGAAGACUGUCCCUGCUCAGCUCCACGUCCAAAUACAAAGUGACAGUGGCCGAGGUACAGAGGCGACUGUCACCACCUGAAUGCCUAAAUGCCUCGCUCCUGGGAGGUGUGCUCCGAAGAGCAAAAUCCAAAAACGGAGGCCGGUCCUUGCGGGAGAAGUUGGACAAAAUUGGCUUGAACCUUCCAGCUGGGAGACGGAAAGCCGCCCAUGUCACCCUGCUCACGUCUCUCGUGGAAGGUGAAGCCGUCCACUUGGCGCGGGACUUUGCUUAUGUGUGUGAGGCUGAAUUCCCCAGUAAAGCAGUGGCCGACUACUUAACCAGACCACAUCUCGGGGGACGAAAUGAGAUGGCCACGAGGAAGAGUAUGCUGCUGGCGGCACAGCAAGUGUGCAAAGAAUUCACAGACCUUCUGAUUCAAGAUCGAACACCCAACGGGAACAACAGGCCCACUCCAGUCUUGGAGACGAACAUACAAAACUGCCUGUCUCAUUUCAGUCUGAUAACUCACGGCUUUGGCAGCCAGGCCAUCUGCGCCGCGGUGUCUGCGGUGCAGAAUUACAUCAAGGAGGCUUUGCUCGCCAUUGACAAGUCCUAUAUGAACCCGGGAGACCAAAGUCCUGCUGAGUCCAACAAGACCAUGGAGAAAAUGGAAAAGCACCGGAAAUAAAGUGGGGUGCACGGAGGCCAGAGUGUGAAGGGAGAGGACCUGAGAAGCACCAGCCUGGGUGGGGCCAACAGUUACCAUCCACCUCACCCUGGACCUGCCUGCCUUCUUGGAGUCGGUGGCUUUUCUAUUAACCCCGGACAUACUAUCCCGAAGCGAUUUGGUUUGAUUCUUUUACUCAUUAAACAUUUAUUUUUUUGGAAAUCCAUUUCCUCUCUGAAAGGUGCUAUGAGUUUUAGAAUCCCUUUGUGAAAUCCGCCUGGGCUAAGGAGAAACCCCACGCUGAGCUGCUGACAUGGCAGUUGGAUGGGAGAUACAGGGAUCAAUCAUAACUUAUUUUUUUUUCAGUGUUAAGAUAAUGUCUGGCUUUUAUGUCCACUAAAAUAUUUAUCUAAAAAAUUAGUAUUUAUCUAGCUUUCCCCGCCCCGUCAGUGAUCACACCUUCUGGUAGGAGGCUAAGGUCGGAUGUUCUUAGCAGCUAUUCACAGAGGUGUGUGACAGGCUUCCAGCCCCGCGUUCAGAAGGGGGGGUGUCCUGGUUCUAAGGAAUUUGGAAAGCAAAGCCUGCUGAUUGUUUCACGUUUCCUUCCUCUUUUAAAAAAAAAUGUUGAAAGUUUAAAAUUCUUUAGCUAGUAGAGUUUUUUAAGUGACCUGUUCCUUUAAGGUAUAGAAGCUUUAUUUGCUUAUUUAUUUCAUAUCUUGAUUUUUUUUUCCACGUAAACUUGAAGAGGGUAGGCACACAGCAGCGCCUGUCAUCCCCAAAUCCCCCAGGAGGCUCUGUGUGGAGAAACUGUUGAGUGUACAGAUUUUAUUUAUGCAUAAUUUAAUGGGAUCUGUAAAUACUUCUUAGGACUUUUUGUGAAAUGGGAUUCGAUUUUAAUAUUAACUUUUAACGGUGAUGGGUAACAUAGCACCUAGAUUUUAUGCAGAUGCACACAGGGUGUUAAGAUUGACACUGAUGCGGGGCAGCUCAG